CGCGGCCCCUUUAACACCUUACCCCCCGGCUUAUACCAGCGACCUUGGCCAUGUAGCGUUGACGUACGGUCCAACCUCUGUUCAAAAACUUAUUUGAAUCCGAACCAGCACACCUGUUUGUGACUAGAUUUGUUUCUGCCGUGUCCAACUCAUUCUGCAACCUGAUUUUCACACCGACACUUUCUACCCUUAGACAUGCAUUCUUCUCAGCUUCUUUCUGUCUUGGCUGGCCUGGCCGUUGCGGCGCAGGCUGCCGUCUGGCCGCGAUCCACCUCGGACCCAUUCCAAAUAUACGCCUUUGGUGAUGGCAUCGGCGGAGUUCCUUUGAUUUCCUCUGGAAAAUCGGCAUACAUUGGAGACUACUCGCUCCUCAACGACACCGAGGCGGCUCCUACUCUAACACCGUCCUCAGUCACUUCUGAUAACAAUGGUGUUUGGGUUGGCGCCCCUAACACGACGGGCUUUGCCGACUCGAGCGACCUUCCCACCUGGUCCGACUUGUGCUUCUACGUGCCAAAGUCUUCAUCGUCCUCGCAUGCCGUUGGUCUGGUUGAUAUUUCUGCGGGCAAGAAUGCCACUCUUGUUACCAGUGGCUUCGACUUCUACGGCACUUUGGCCUACCUCACCGGGGCCAGCGGUCAGAUGGUGACACUUUGGUAUGCGGUGCCUUCUGACACGGAGGGAUUGUAUUCGUUGCGCUGGAACACCACUGGAGAGAGUGUCGAUGGCGCCGUCCUUCUCACUCUCAAGUCAUCGCCACCUUCCAAUGCUUAGGUGGCAGAGUCUCCGCAUAGAAUGCUGCAGGAACACAGUUACUUGUUGCCCAGUAAGAGAUCAGAGCAAAGGAAAGGUGCCGGAC